AUGCUGAAUAAUGAAGAAAGUAGGAAGAAAGGAUCAUUAUAUAAUAUUGAGAUUGGAUUAAUUGUUGUAUCUCUUUUGUUCAUUGGAACUCUUGUAUGCCUACUAUAUACUAUCUAUGCAUACAUGAAACAAAAGAAUAAUGAUGAAUCUGACUCGGUUCAAGAGAUGAAUGUUGAAAAAGUUACAACAGUCAAUUCAGCUGAAAAUGAUGGUAUUACAUAUGACAAUCCAUUAUUUACACGAACCAACCAAAAUGAUGAUCCAUUCAAGGAUGAUUUUGAAGAAAAUGAUAAAGAUGAUGAGAACUUCUUUUUGGGCAAAGAUAUAGAAGAAGUUUCUGAAGAAAUUACCAAUUAA